AUGCUUAGAUUAGAUAAUGGUACUGAGUACACAUCUGAUCGAUUUGAAAAGUUAUGCCAAAAUGUAGGUAUUGAGCAUCAACUCACUGCCCCAUAUACUCCGCAACAGAAUGGAGUCAGUGAAAGGAAGAAUAGGACGAUAAUGGAAAAGUCGAGGUGUUUGUUAUACGAGAAAGGCUUACCAAAAUAUUUAUGGGUAGAAGCAGCUAACACCGCUGCUUUUUUGCUGAACAGAUUGCCUACCAAAGCAGUUGAUGGCAAGACACCUUUUGAGGUUAAGAGGGACAAGUUAGACAAGAAAGCUGAACCUGGAGUCUUUAUUGGUUACAGUACAAUCUCUAAAGCUUACAAGAUUUUUCAGCCUCAUACUAAAAAAAUAAUGAUCACAAGCAAUCUAUCGAAUUUCGAUGAAGACAUUGAUGAUCAACCUGUGAGAGGAACAAGGUUGCUCUCUGAGAUAUACCAGAAAUGCAAUGUGGCCAUUUUAGAGCCUUCUGGAUUUGAAGAGACUAUUUUAGAUCCUAAGUGGAAAGCCGCAAUGGAAGAGGAACUUGGAAUGAUUGAGAAGAACAAAACCUGGCAGCUUGUGGAAAAGCCUCAAGAUAGAAAGAUCAUCGGUGUGAAGUUGGUUUACCGGACAAAAUUGAAUGCUGAUGGUUCUAUUAACAAGCUCAAGGCAAGACUUGUAGUUAAGGGGUAUGCACAGAUUUUUGGUGUUGAUUAUUCUGACACGUUUGCUCCAGUUGCUAGGUUCGACACAAUCAG